GCGUUUAAACUGCAUGCAUAGUGCAAAUUUUGGCAUUGGCAAAAGGUUACAGAUUAGACUUACUGGUUUUAUAGAUACAUGUAUAAUAAGUCGUUUGCUAAUGGAAUUACAUAAAUGAUUCAAUUAUCGCUUCUCAUUUUUCAUCAAAUGAGUAAUUCGACGUAUCGGAAAGAUUCUCAAGGCGCGGCACAUUUCACGCAUCACGUCAUUCGAUUCAUUCGAGUACAGCCGCGUCAUCGUGGUGGAUCAGCGUGCUUUGGCGCGCGUCGUAGUGCUGUGAUUGAAGAGAAGCUGGAUUGUGCAUAAAUAUAUCGCAAUCUCGAGAGAGUACGUUGUAUUUUUUUUUUUUGGCACAAAAAUAUGUACGUGAUUGCAAACGUGAAAGUAUUCAAUAAAUCCAGCUUGAACUCGAAGUAACAGACUGACGCGUCUAACGUCCCACCGAUCUCUGCAAUCCCUGCUGAUUGAAUCGACGUUGUGAUUAAAAGGAUUCUGCGGAGAAUAGAAACAUUUCUUCCAGUGCAAGGCGAUGAUACCAUGACCGCUUUCAGGUGUCUCGUGUAUGCAUUCGCCGUAGCGGCAAGCUCGUUCGUGUACGCCUAUGAUGAUGAAUGCAAUAUUCCUCUUUUGGACAGAGCUCAAUUAACAGCAACUACUUAUUUACCAGAAAGAGGUCCACAAAACGCUAGGUUAAAUGGAGAUUCCACGUGGUCACCCGAACUUAGCAGUUACGAUCAACAUCUUACUAUGGAGCUGGGGGACAGAUAUGAGAUACGCAGCAUUGCUACGCGAGGGCGGGCUCAUACUAAUGAAUACGUGACAGAAUAUAUUGUCCAAUAUUCUGAAGAUGGUCAAGCCUGGGCCAAUUAUGAAAGUCAAGAUGGUGUAGAAGAGAUGUUUAAAGGUAAUGUAGACGGAGAUAGCAUAAAGCUUAAUAAGUUUGAGGUUCCUAUUAUCGCACAAUGGGUAAGAAUAAAUCCGACUCGAUGGGAAGACAGGAUAUCGCUGAGAGUAGAACUCUAUGGAUGUGAUUACGUGUCUGAUGUUGUUUCCUUCAAUGGAUCAUCUCUGAUACGUCUGGAUUUACUCAGAGAACCUAUCGAAACUGAUAGACAUUUUAUACGUUUUCGAUUUAAGACAAACAACGCAGAUGGUGUACUAAUGUAUUCUCGGGGUACGCAAGGUGAUUACAUAGCGUUGCAAUUGCGCGACAACAGAAUGUUGCUCAAUAUCGAUCUCGGGUCCGGUAUUAUGACGAGUCUAUCCGUUGGCAGUCUUCUGGAUGACAACAUGUAUCAUGACGUUUUGAUCUCCCGCAAUAGGAAAAAUGUUUCGUUUUCUGUUGAUAGGGUAUUGAUUAAAGGUAGAAUAAAAGGAGAGUUUCAUCGGUUGGAUUUGAAUCGAGAACUCUAUAUCGGUGGUGUGCCCAAUAAGCAAGACGGUCUGGUGGUGAACCAAAAUUUUACCGGUUGCAUAGAGAACUUUUAUUUAAACUCGACGAAUAUAAUUCACGAGCUGAAAGAGGCGGAAGAAGUGGACGAAAAUUUGAAAUAUUAUAAAACUAACACAGUCUACAUUUGUCCAGAACCACCGAUAAUUUCCGUCACAUUCGUAACUCCUGGAUCCUAUGCCAAACUGGCAGGUUACGAGGGUAUGCGUCAGUUUAACGCUUCCCUUGCAUUUCGAACUUACAAAGAAGAUGGAAUAAUUCUCUACCACAUCUUUACCAAUCCGGGUUACGUCAAGAUGUACUUGGAAAAAGGUAAACUAAAGGUCGAGAUACAAACGAGCCAGUAUCCGGUCGCGAUAUUGGAUAACUUUUACGAAACAUUCAACGACGGCAAGUGGCAUCAAGUGAUAUUGACGAUAGCUAAAAAUUCUCUGAUUUUAAAUGUUGACGGACGACCGAUGAUAACAAAACGUUUGCUGGAUAUGAUAACCGGUGCGACUUACUGGGUCGGCGGUAUGACCGGAAAGGACAGCAAUUAUGGCUUUGUUGGCUGCAUGAGAAUGAUAAGUAUCGAUGGCAAUUAUAAAUUACCGACAGAAUGGAAGGAGGAAGAAUAUUGUUGUAAGAAUGAGUUGGUCUUUGACACUUGUCGAAUGACAGAUCGAUGCAAUCCGAAUCCUUGCAAACACGGCGGCGUCUGUCGUCAAACUUCUGAUGAAUUCUCCUGCGAUUGUGCCAAUACUGGAUACGCGGGUGCCGUUUGUCAUACUUCGUUAAAUCCCCUCUCAUGCGAGGCAUAUAAGAACAUGAACGCGGUAAAUCAGCGUGCGGAAAUUCAAAUUGACAUCGACGGUAGCGGGUCCCUGAAACCGUUCCCUGUCACUUGCGUAUACGUCAGCAACGGUCACAUACAGACAAUUUUGCGUCACAGCAAUGAAAAUGAGACUCCUGUCGAUGGAUUUGAAGAACCUGGCAGUUUUAUACAAGAUAUCAAUUACGAUGCUGAUCUCGAUCAGAUAGAGGCUCUAAUAAACCGAUCCAAAAGUUGCAGUCAGAGUAUAAGAUAUAGAUGCAAACAUUCUAAGUUAUUUAACUCUCCAGUUCCACAAGGUGAUUAUUUUAGACCAAAUUCAUGGUGGGUGAGUCGGAAUAAUCAGAAAAUGGAUUACUGGGGCGGCGCGGUACCUGGAUCGCGGAAGUGUGAGUGCGGUAUCCUUGGAAAUUGCGCGGAUCCUACUAAAUGGUGUAACUGCGAUUCCGGUUUGGAAGGAUGGUUUGAAGACGGCGGAUAUAUUAAGGAGAAGGAAUAUCUACCUGUGAAACAAUUGCGUUUUGGUGACACGGGUACGCCACUUGACGAAAAAGAAGGUCGUUAUGAACUAGGUCCGCUUAUUUGCGAGGGCGAUGAUUUGUUCAAGAAUGUAGUCACAUUCCGAAUAGUAGACGCCACCAUCAAUUUACCGACGUUCGAUUUUGGCCAUAGUGGCGAUAUUUAUUUCGAGUUUAAAACCACAAUCGAGGACGCUGUGAUAAUUCACAGCAAAGGACCAACCGAUUACAUUAAAAUUUCCAUAAAUACUGGAAACCAGAUAACUUUCCAGUAUCUGGCUGGAGGAGGGCCACUUAGUGUAAGCAUGCAAACAUCCUACAACUUGGCGGAUAAUGAAUGGCAUUCCGUGUCGGUAGAAAGAAAUCGUAAAGCAGCUCGAAUCGUCAUCGACGGCGCAUUGAAAAGCGAGAUGCCAGAACCUCCAGGUCCUGUACGAGCGCUUCUUCUCACCUCGAGUUUUGUGGUGGGUGCUACAACUGAUUACAGGGACGGAUUUGUCGGUUGCAUAAGAGCAUUACUUCUCAACGGCCAGUUGCAAGAUCUGAGAAGUUACGCGCAGCGUGGAUUAUACGGUGUUACGGAAGGUUGUGUUGGUAGAUGCGAGAGCAAUCCUUGUCUCAAUAACGGCACGUGCCAUGAAAGAUAUGAUGGAUACUGGUGCGAUUGUCGCUGGACCGCGUUUAAAGGACCGAUUUGCGCGGACGAAAUCGGCGUUAACAUGCGACCCAGUUCGAUGAUAAAAUACGAUUUUAUGGGCAGCUGGCGUUCCACCAUCGCUGAGAAAAUACGCGUUGGUUUCACGACGACGAAUCCGAAAGGAUUUUUACUCGGCUUGUUUUCCAACAUUUCGGGAGAAUAUAUGACUAUAAUGGUUUCAAACAGUGGUCAUCUGCGUGUGGUAUUUGAUUUCGGUUUCGAACGGCAGGAAGUCAUAUUCCCGCAAAAGCAUUUCGGUUUGGGACAGUAUCACGAUAUCAGAAUCGGUAGAAAAAAUUCAGGUGCCACUUUGGUGAUGCAGAUCGAUAAUUACGAACCCAUGGAGUUCCAUUUCAACAUAAAAGCUUCCGCGGACGCGCAAUUCAACAAUAUCCAAUAUAUGUAUAUAGGCAGAAACGAAUCCAUGACGGAAGGAUUUUCUGGUUGCAUAUCGAGAGUUGAAUUCGACGAUAUAUAUCCGUUGAAGUUGCUGUUCCAAGAGAACGGACCUGGCAAUGUGCGCUCGCUCGGUACUCCUUUGACCGAAGACUUUUGCGGGGUCGAGCCCAUCACGCAUCCUCCGAAUAUUGUGGAGACGCGACCGCCACCGCAAGUGGACGAGGAAAAAGUGAGAGCUGCGUACAACGAGACCGACACGGCCGUUCUCGGCAGCGUAUUAGCGGUGAUCCUGAUCGCUCUUGUAAUCAUGGCGAUUCUUAUAGGCAGAUACAUGUCUAGACAUAAAGGCGAGUACUUGACGCAAGAGGACAAAGGUGCCGAGAUUGCCUUAGAUCCGGAUUCGGCAGUUGUAAAUUCUGCUACUGGCCAUCAAGUCCAGAAAAGAAAAGAAUGGUACAUCUAAAAACAUUUAGAGCAUUUAUAUAUGUAAGCGCUGUGUAACGCAAGUACACAUAAUCUAAAAAGAAAAUUAUUACAUAAACAUCUUUAUAUAAAAGUGUAAAAUAACUUUUUGCUCUGUUUUUAAUUAUUUUCUUUUUUCAUAUGAUGUCUUACGCCAAAAAUAUUAUUUUCAAGUUUGAAAUCACUUUUCGAGACUGUUCUAUAGUUUUAAAACAAACGUGUCCUUCGCAUUUCUUAUAACUGCCGAAUCUCGUAAAUUUUUUAUAAACUGAUUAUGUCGGAAAUGUACGAAGUUAUGUUUAUUAUAAUAAUAAGAAAAGAGAUCUGAAGUAAUUCUAACAUGUCACUGGAGUGUGUGCAUUUCACGUUCCAUUUUGUAUAAGUGUUUUUUUUUUUUUUUAUUGGAUUUAAAGUUUUUUUUAUGUACUAUAAACAGAUUUUUAUGUACAAAACUGUCUCUGUCACAGGUAAAUUACUUAUUAUGUUUAUUCCGUCUUCAUUUUUUUUUUUUUUUUUUUUUUUAUGUAAUUUAUAGUAUUAGUUGUAAUGUAUACCGUCCAAAGUGCGUUUUACGUCUUUUAAGAUUUAUUUUUACUUUCAUUUGUUUGAUUAUAUGUUUUACAGAUGUUUACCUUUUUUUUUUACACAUUGUAGAUUUGUAAAAUCACCGUAGUAAUUUAAUAUUAACAUGUAACAUUAGGAGUAACGUAAUUUGUAAUAAUAAUAACAAAAAAUGAUAAUAAUGAUAAUUAUAAAUUAAUAUAAUAAUGAUAAUGAUAAUUAUAUAUUAAGCAUAUAACACACGAUAAAAGUGUACAUAAGUCAUUUUUAUAUCGAUUAGCACAUUCGUUACUUUUUGUAGUAAUAAAUCUGGUAUUAAAAUCAAUAUCAUGUACAACGAUCUCCGAAAAGCACCGAAAAAAAAAAAAAAAACCAUUUAUAGAUACAUUUCACGUGUUUACACAAACAAGAUCUAAAAACAAUACUCAAAAAAAAGAAGGAGAAUAAUAAUCAAGAUUGUUCUACAAAUAAAGGACACAAAUGAAAUAAAUAAAUCAUGUACAAUAUUUUA